AGCAAACAAAAGAAGAAGAAGAUAUCCGAGCCUUAACUCUCCUGUCCACAACUGCAAUGAAGUUUCUUCCAACUAGCCUUCUCAUCUUGGCUCUGGCAACCGCCACCGCUUUUGCCUUCGACCCAAGUCCUCUUCAGGACUUCUGUGUGGCCAUCAAUGACCCUGAAGUAUUUGUGAAUGGGAAGUUUUGCAAGGACCCAAAACAAGUCACAGCAGAUGAUUUUCUCUUUAAGGGGUUCAGAUACCCAGGUAAUACCGUGAACCCGCUCGGAUCGAAAGUCACGCCCGCUUUCGUCGACCAAUUUGCAGGACUCAACACUCUUGGCAUUUCCAUGGCUCGUAUUGACUUUGCUCCGGGUGGCCUGAACCCUCCCCACACUCACCCUCGUGGGACCGAGAUACUGGUUGUCACUGAGGGCACACUGCUUGUCGGCUUCGUCACGUCCAACCAAUUAAACAACACCUUCUUCACCAAAGUGUUGUACAAAGGGGAUGUGUUUGUGUUCCCAAUAGGUCUCAUCCACUUCCAGCUGAACAUUGGAAAGACCCCUGCACUGGCCUUUGCUGCUCUGAGCAGCCAGAACCCAGGAGUCAUUACCAUUGCUAAUGCGGUAUUCGGAUCGAAGCCACCCAUUUCGGCUGACGUUCUCACCAAGGCCUUCCAAGUGGACAAGAAGGUUGUUGACUACCUUCAGGCGCAGUUUUGGUAUGACAACAACUAAAUCGAUAAAUUGACCUCCAAGAUGUCAGAUUACCCCUGUAUUCUACAUACAUGAUUGCUGAGAUUGAUAAUUGCUUCGCAAUAAAAGAAUUGCUCUACAUGUAAUUGAUCAUGAAUGUUAGAGUAAUAAAAGAUCA